CAAUGAAGCGGAUAAGAGAUGAUGUUUAUGCCUCUGGGUCUCAAUUCAAACGUCCUCUGGGCUCUUCUCGAGGCGAAUUGACCGACACGGGCGGUGUGAUUGCACGAGUUAAGGAAUUGUUUAAGGGACACAACAAUCUUAUAUAUGGAUUCAAUACCUUCUUGCCAAAGGGAUAUGAAAUUACGCUCAUCGAGGAAGACGACGCUCUGCCUAAGAAGACUGUUGAAUUUGAAGAAGCCAUAAACUUUGUGAACAAAAUCAAGACGCGAUUCAAGCGCGAUGAACAUGUCUAUAAAUCUUUCUUGGAUAUCUUGAAUAUGUACCGAAAGGAGAACAAGGAAAUUAGUGAGGUUUACAAUGAGGUAGCUAUUCUUUUUGAGGGUCACUCGGAUUUGCUUGAAGAGUUCACAAGGUUUUUGCCAGCGUCUUUGCCGUCUCAUUCAGCAGCGCAGUAUAGCCGGAGCCAGGCCCAACUGUACAAUGACCGAGGAUCAGGCCCUCCCCUAAUUCGUCAUAUGCAAGUGGAGAAGGAACGCCGACGAGAAAGGGCUGUUGCUUCCCGCGGCGAUGAUAGUGAUGAUAAAACGAUGGUGAAGAUGCAAAGAGAGCAGCGGAAGCGUGCUGAUAAGGAGAACAGAGAAAAGAGAGGCCGUGAUCUGGACGAUAGAGAAGCAGAGCAAGAUAACCUACACCAUUUUCCAGAGAAGAGGAAGUCAUCAAGAAGAGCGGAGGGGCCUGAAGCAUAUGCUGGCUCUGCUUCGCAAUCUGAGAAACACAAUUUGAAAAGCAUGCGCAACGAAGCAUUUGUUUUCUGUGAGAAAGUCAAGGAGAGGUUAUGCAGCCAAGAUGAUUAUCAGACAUUCUUGAAGUGCCUCAAUAUAUUCAGCAAUGGAAUCAUCCAAAGGAAGGAACUGCAGAAUUUGAUCAUUACUGACAUUUCUGGAACACAUGCUGCAGAAUCAUUUAGCAGCGAAGAACAAUUAUCCAGGUCAAUGAAAGUGGAAGAAAAAGAAGUAGAACACAAGCCUGACCUCGAGGCUGUUAAGGAAACAGAGCAAUGCAAGGAGGAGUACAUGGGGAAAUCUAUUCAAGAGCUCGAUCUAUCUAAUUGCGAGUGUUGCACUCCCAGCUACCGGCUCCUGCCUCCAGAUUAUCCGAUACCAACUGCGAGUCAGAGAUCGGAGCUAGGAGCUGAGGUUUUAAAUGAUCACUGGAAAAUAACUUUAUCUGGAUCCUUCAGGAUCGAAGACCACUUCACGGCCUUGAAUUUAAGGUGUAUUGAGCGACUUUACGGCGACCAUGGUCUUGACGUGAUAGACAUUUUACAUAAGAAUCCAGCCACUGCACUUCCUGUAAUAUUAACUCGUUUGAAGCAAAAACAAGAUGAAUGGAAGAAAUGCCGUGAAGAUUUUGAUAAGGUCUGGGCAAAGGUUUAUGCGAAAAACCAUUACAAAUCACUUGAUCACCGCAGCUUCUACUUCAAGCAACAAGAUUCAAAGAACUUGUGUGCAAAAGCAUUGGUGGCUGGAAUUAAGGAGUUGAAAGAGAAGUUUCAGAAUGAGGAUGAUAUUCUGCUGUCUAUUUCUGCUGGUUACCGACAACCCAUAAAUCCCAAUCUUGACUAUGAAUAUUUCAACAGAGCCAUUCAUGAAGACCUGUACAAACUAGUCCAGUUCUCAUGCGAGGAGUUAUGUUCUACAAAAGAACAGCUCAGUAAAGUUCUGAGGCUUUGGGAAAAUUUCCUUGAGGCAAUGCUGGGCGUUCCUCCCAGGGCCAAGGGCACAGAUCCUGUUGAAGAUGUUGUUCUAAAACCCAAGACUCUCGAUGUGAAUCACAGCACAUCUACUAACGGGGAGGCUACUGUGAGUUCUGGAGCAGUCACAGCGAUGUUGGCUUCCAGGAAACUAAAAUCUACUGCCAACGGAGAUGAGAAUGCUUCAUCUGGGGCAUCCAAACAUAGUGGGAUUGGUUUGUUAAGUAAGGAUUCAGAAGGGAAAGAAAAUCUUCAAGAUGCUGAUACAGCCAACAGAGAUGGUGUUACCUGUUCUGCUGUGAAAUCCCGGAAAGAACAAGAGACUGGGAAUGGAGGCGAUACUACAUCUGAAAUGCCUGUUCCAAUGGAUAUUAGUGAAAGAGCUGCCACCUCGAGUUUAUUAAUCCCAAGUGGGGGAGAGAACAGUCAUGGUGUAGUAGGAAAGGAAGAUUUGGCAGGUUCUCAUGAGAUUCUAACCAAACAAAGCAACGCUCUCAGUGAUAUUCAUCAUGGUGUAGAUAGCAUUGAAACAUCUCCUUCGAUCCAGGGAGGUGAUGUUGGUAAAUCAGUAGUUUCGGCAAAUGGAAUAAGGUCAAAUUCUUAUAAAGAUAAAAGGGAUUCUGGUGAAUCCGAAGGUCCAUCUACAAUUGAGAAGGAGGAAGGUGAACUGUCACCUAAUGGUGAUUUCGAAGACAACUUUGGUGUUUAUGAAGAUCUUGGGGCUAAGUCCACAUCCAAACCAGAGAAUUCAGCAGAUGCUGAAGUAGAGAAUGAGGAUGAUGAUAGCGAAAAUGCUUCAGAGGGUGGUGAGGAUGCAUCUGGAACCGAAUCUGGUGGUGACGAAUGUUCACAUGAUGAAAAUAGAGAUGAGGAAGAUGGUGAGCAUAAUGAGAUUGAUGGUAAAGCCGAGAGUGAAGGAGAAGCAGAGGGAAUGGAAUCACAUCUCUUAGAAGGAGACAGUGAGUUGCUUCCGCAGUCAGAAUGUGGUCUCUUGUCUGUCAGACCUCUUUCAAAGCAUGUAGCAGCGGUUUUACGCGAUGAAAGGACAAAAGAUUUCCGAGUUUUCUAUGGGAAUGACGACUUCUAUGUUCUUUUUAGGCUUCACCAGAUUCUGUACGAGAGAAUUUUGUCAGCAAAAAGGAAUUGCUCAAGCAGUGAACUGAAAUCGAAAAACUCAAAGGAUACCGAUUCCCCUGAUCCUUAUGCCAGGUUUAUGAAGGUUUUAUAUGGUUUGCUUGACGGAUCAGUUGAAAAUACAAAGUUUGAGGAUGAGUGCAGAGCUAUCAUAGGAAAUCAAUCCUAUGUGUUAUUUACGUUGGACAAGCUGUUAUACAAAUUGGUUAAACAGCUUCAAGCUAUUGUAGCUGAUGACAUGGACAACAAGCUACUUCAGUUGUAUGAGUAUGAGAAAUCCAGGAAACCCGGAAGGGUUAUCGACUCGGUGUAUCAUGAAAAUGCAAGGGUCCUCCUUCACGAGGAAAAUGUUUACCGAAUGGAAUUUUCAUGCUCGCCAUCUCGUUUAUCUAUACAGCUGAUGGAUAACAUAAUUGAGAAGCCGGAAGCGUAUGCAGUUUCUAUGGAUCCCAUGUUUGCAAGUUAUCUGCAAACUGAAUUUCUUUCCACCUCACUAGGGAAAAAAGAGGAGGGACACGACGUUGUGUUACAAAGGAACCUGCGUCCACACACCGGCUUGGAUGAUCUUGCAGCACUCUGUAAAGCCAUGGAAGGUGUCGAAGUAGUAAAUGGCUUGGAGUGCAAGAUGUCUUGCUCUUCUUACAAGAUUUCGUACGUCUUGGACACAGAGGAUUUCUUCCACAGGAAGAAGAAGAAAAAGAAGAGCCAACGCUUAUCGCAAACUAACAAAGAUAGAGUAGAAAGAUUCCAUAUGUUUCUCUCUGCAUCAAGA